GGGGGCAACGCGCCAAAACCAGGCAUGGAUUCCGUAGUGGAGGUGGAGGGGGAGGAGCACCGUGCACCGUGAGACCGACAGGAGCCCGGAUCCCUGCAGAACGAUCACAAACACGUGGUUGUUUCUCGGUUUUAAAUGUUAGAAACAGCCGGUGGUGUGGAUGCACGCGCUCACAGGUUGAUCGAUCACCCUUUCCGCUGUGGUGAUUACUGAGAGUGACUGCACGUGUACACCCGGUCGCUCCCUUCCUCUUUCCUGUGUGGGGUUUAAAUAAAAAAAAAAAAACUUAAAAAAGGACAAAAACGUGCACUCCGCUUUUUACGUCUCACCCAGCAGCAUAUGCGCGUAUCGCUACACGCCAACCGACCGUGAACGCGUCCUGGGAUUACUUCUCGCCCCUGAUUGGUCGCGGCCGCCGAGCUGCAUCCGCGUCCUGCGUUGUGAUAGGCGGAGCGCGCUGUCAGUCCGCUGAAACCCGCCUCCCGCUGUGUGUGGUUGGAUCCCUCCGCUCCCCUUUCUCUCGGCGGUGGGUCGGAGCCGCUGUCCCUGGCCUCGCAUGUUCCCCUCUAAAACCUCUCUUCAACCCGAUGCCCCUCUCCUACAUUCUGCUCCAUUCUCGGCCACACUCGGGCGUCUGAACACCGGUGUUUUUAUUUAACCCCCCCCCCAAAAUUCUCGGCGUUUAGACGACUUUAACCCCCCCCCACCCUCCACUGAACAUGGCCGUGGUGAGCGGAUCGUCUGGGCCGGUUGCCCGGCUCGAGGGCCGCGAAUUCGAAUACAUGAUGAAGAAGCGCUCGGUGACCAUCGGCCGGAACUCGUCGCAGGGCUCCGUGGACGUGAGCAUGGGCCACUCGAGCUUCAUCUCGCGGCGGCACCUGGAGAUCUUCACCGCCAGCGACGACGGCACCGGCAGCGGGGACUUCUACCUGCGGUGUCUCGGUAAAAACGGGGUGUUUGUAGACGGAGUGUUCCUCCGACGGGGCGCCCCUCCUCUGCAGCUACCGCGAAUGUGCACUUUCAGGUUCCCCAGCACAAACAUCAAGAUCACAUUCACAGCCCUGUCCAGUGGGAAGAAAGUGAAGCGCGAAGCUCCAGAGUCCCCAGUGAAACCAGUACAGCCCCACAUCUCCCCACUGACCAUCAACAUUCCAGACAACAUCGCUCACCUAAUGAGCCCCCUGCCAUCGCCUACUGGCACCAUUAGUGCUGCUAACUCGUGCCCCUCCAGCCCGCGGGGCGCAGGCUCGUCGGGCUACAGGAUGGGUGGUCGCAUGGUCAGCUCUGCAGAGCUGCAGCUUAUAAACGACAACUCCCAGCCCGACAACGACAAAGACGCCUCUGGAGGGGACAGUCCCAAGGAUGACUCCAAACCUCCGUACUCCUAUGCACAGCUGAUAGUCCAGGCCAUCACACUGGCCACGGACAAGCAGCUCACACUAAACGGAAUCUACAAUCACAUCACAAAGAACUACCCGUACUACAGGACUGCAGACAAGGGCUGGCAGAACUCGAUCCGUCACAACCUGUCGUUGAACCGUUAUUUCAUCAAAGUGGCGCGGUCGCAGGAGGAGCCGGGCAAGGGUUCGUUCUGGAGGAUAGACCCGUCCUCGGAGGGCAAGCUCAUCGAGCAGGCCUUCAGGAAACGAAGGCCCCGGGGCGUCCCCUGCUUCAGGACCCCACACGGACCCCUCUCCUCCAGGAGUGCACCGGCGUCUCCCAAUCACUCGGGGGUUCUCUCCGCUCACUCCAGCGGCGUCCAGACCCCCGACAGCCUAUCACGAGAGGGCUCCCCGGUUCCCCUGGAGCUGGAGACCUCCUCGGCUCCGGCCCCGACCUCCACCACGGUGGUCCAACCCAAACUGGCAGUCAUCCAGGAAGCACGCUUUGCACAAAACACACCAGCUCAGCCUCCCUCCCCACCAAACGACAGAACGGGGACCAGCUGGGCAGCGAACAGCCGGACGCCAAGCGCAAGAAAUCGGAGGACGAGGCGGCCCCGACCACCACGGCGGCAGACUCGGACUCGUCGGCAGCUAACGACCCGGUUAACUAGUCUGUACAACCACACACCACACGACCCCCCCUUCCUCCCCAACACCUCCUCCUCCCUCCACGGUUUCUCUCUCUCGUCCCUGUCGUUCGUUUUCGUUUCUCCUCCUUCUACCACUGACUCCCGAGGUGCCAAACGGAGAGGAUUCUUUUCAUUUUCAGUUUGGGUUAUCUGUUCUAGAGCAUCAAAAGGAAAAAAAAUCAUGUCCACCCCUUUAAAGACUGGAAUGUGGGUUGAGAACAAAAUAAAAGAAACGGGACAAAGAUGAACUCAAAGGUGUCCCCUGUGAGCCACUGAAACAGGAGAGUGACUAAACUAAGACCACAGGAAGCCUUAACAACAAUUAACCCUUAAGAGCUGACCUUUGACCUCAAGCGGUCCAGCAGGGGGAGAGGGCCCUGACUCGGCUCGGGGCUGGACACCACCUUUCUGCCGCAUCUACCUCAGAGCAGAGAGGAGACUCCAGCAGCCGGCAGACAACCUCCCCCCGGACCCCGUCGGGACGAAGCGACCAACUGAAGCGACGAGCACGACGAGCAUUCAAUGGUUGAAAAAACGAAAAAAAAAAAACAAAGAAAAAAAACGGUCAACGCAUUCAGAAAGGGAUCAACUCGGAGCCAAUAUUCCUGAAACUCUGGCAGCUAGCCUCUCACAAUACUGACCUUCCUUUAUCGCAGCUGUACGUAGAUAUGCAGUAUUUUGUUGUUCAAAUGUGGAGCAUAGGACUUUUUUUUUUUUUUUUUAAUGUACUUUCACUUAUCUAGAUAAGUAAUAAUUUAAUUAAAGGAAGCGUUCAAAAUGACGAGGUCGAUGACAUUUCGGUAACUAAGUUAGAAAACUCACUUUUUUUUAUGUGGACUUCCUUUUCUGUUCGGUGAAACAGUGUAAUAGUUUUGGUAACAUUUUGUUUCUUUCCCCCCUCGUUCUGACAUAUCCAUAUGAAAUUUGCUUAGUUAUACCUACAUAUUUUAAUACUUGCACAGAUAACCGAUAUAAGCAUAUGAAAAUCUCCAUGUGUAGUUCCAGAUGUUGACCUUGCAUGUACCCGACGACAGAGACGUUGUUAACUGUAAAUUGAACAGAGGAAAAAAAGACCUGCUUUGUCCGAACCAGACCUGCACUUGAUUAAAUGUUUGUGUUUUUUCAUUUCCCUCCUCUUCCUCCUCCUUCUCCUUCUUUUUUUUUGUUUCUACUCCCACACUUCUCCUCCUCUACCUCCUCUUCCUCGUCCCUCUCGGCUGUGUUGACGUUGUGGUGUUGGCAGACCCCCCACCCCCCUACAUUUGCUUGAUUAUUUUACUCUGUUCUGGCGACCUGGCGAGUCUGUUUUCUGAUUGUACACGUUCCAAACAAUAGUAAAAGAAAAAAAAAUUGAUGUUUGUUCUGCUUCAGUGGAGAAAUGCUUUUUUUUAAAUAAAUUAAUUUAAAGCCCU